AAGGGCCCUCUCCCCUCUCCCAUCUCAGGAUGGCAGCCAACAGCUCUGAGGGCUCUGAGAUGAAGGGGGUCGCAGAGGGUCACCAGACCCAGGGAGAAUGGGCUGACCAUCCUGAAGCUGGAACUAACCCUCCCCCAGUCCCAGCCGGGGUCCCAGAUGAGUCAGAGGCCAAGCAGCCAGACCCAGACACCAGUGGGGUCCCCGUAGACUCAGAGCCCAAGGCUGGGCUGGCUCCAGAAACCACAGAGACCCCGGCUGGAGCCCCAGAAACAGCCCAGGCCACAGACGUCAGCUCAAGCCCAGGAAAGAAAUCAAAGGCCAGCUCCAGCCCUGAAGAAGCAUGCCAAGACCCAGCAUCCAAAUCAGAGGAGAGCAAAGAGGCCACUGCAGGCCAGGGUUCUGCCAAGCUGGAGUCUGCAGCCCCACCUGAGCCAGCUUCAGAGCCUUCUCCCCAACAGGACCCCCAGUUAGAACCUCAGCCAGACCCCCAGCCAGGUUCCCAGCCCACUCCCAAGCCAGCCCUCCAGCCAGAGCCCCCUACCCAGGAGGACCCAAGCCCCGAGGCCCUGACAGAGAGUAUGGGAGAAAAGCAGGAGAAUGGGGCAGUGGUCCCCCUUCAGGCUGGCGAUGAGGAAGAGGGUCCAGCCCCCCAGCCUCACUCACCACCCUCAACCAAAAUCCCCCCAGCCAAUGGGGCUCCCCCUCGAGUGCUGCAGCAGCUGGUUGAGGAGGAACGAAUGGGAAGGGUUCACAGUGGGCAUCCAGGAUCUCCCCGAGGUAGCCUGAGCCGCCACCCCAGCUCCCAGCUGGGAGGGCCUGGGGUGGAGGUGGGUGAAGGCACCCAGAAACCUCAGGACUACAUCAUCCUCGCCAUCCUGUCCUGCUUCUGCCCCAUGUGGCCCGUCAACAUUGUGGCCUUCGCUUAUGCCGUCAUGUCCCGGAACAGCCUGCAGCAGGGGGACGUGGAUGGGGCCCAGCGUUUGGGCCGUGUGGCCAAGCUCUUAAGCAUCGUGGCGCUGGUGGGGGGGGUCCUCAUCAUCAUCGCCUCCUGCGUCAUCAACUUAGGCGGUGAGUGGGGAUCUGGGACAGCGGGAGGAGUGGAAGGGUUGUCAAGGGCAGCCUUACUAACCCCCGCUCCUGCUCUCUCCUGUCUGUCCUCCCUACUCCUCCUUUGUCUCUCCUUGUCUCUACCCACCCCACCACGGUCUGUCUGUCCCUCCCUCUCCUCUCCCACAGUGUAUAAGUGA